AUGCUGCCCCGACCGCCGUUCCCCGCGGAGGGCAGGCGAGCAGUGCCCGCGGGCCGCAGCCGGGCCCGGCCGCGGGGUGCCGGCGGCGGCACGGUGCUGCUGCCGUCCAUGCUGAUGUUCGGCGUCAUCCUGGCUUCCAGCGGGCUGCUGCUGAUGAUCGAGAAGGGGAUCCUGGCGGAAGUGAAGCCGCUGCGCCCUGCCGCGGCGGAGACGGCAGGGCCAGGCCGUGGCGGCGGCGAAGGAGCCCAGGCGGAGUUGGAGCUCCAGGUGCUGCGGGACAUCCGCAACCGCACCAUCCGCAGCGUCUGCGGGCAGCGCGCCAUGCCCCGCAGCGUCUGGGACCUACCGGCCGGGCAGCGGCGCACGGUGCUGCGGCACCUCCUGGUCAGCGACAGGUAUCGCUUCCUGUACUGCUACGUGCCCAAGGUGGCCUGCUCCAACUGGAAGCGCAUCCUGAAGGUGCUGGCCGGGGCGCUGGAGAGCGUCGACGUCAGGAUGAAGAUGGACCACAAGAGCGACCUCGUGUUCCUUGGAGACAUGAAGCCAGACGAGAUCAGUUACCGCCUGAAGCACUACUACAAGUUCAUCUUCGUGCGGAACCCUAUGGAGAGGCUGCUGUCAGCCUACAGGAACAAGUUUGGGGAGAUCAAGGAGUACCAGCAGAAGUAUGGGGUGGAGAUCGUCAGGCGCUAUCGGAAGAGUGGGGGGAGCUCGGCAGGAGACGAUGUGACCUUCUCCGAGUUUCUGCGCUACCUGCUGGACGAGGAUGUGGAGCGGAUGAACGAGCACUGGAUGCCUAUCUACAACCUGUGCCAGCCCUGUGCCGUGAGGUACGACUUCAUCGGCUCCUACGAGCGUCUGAACGCCGACGCCAACUACGUCCUGGAGCAGGUCCGGUCGCCCUCCUCCGUGCGCUUCCCCGAGCGGCAGGCAUGGUACAAGCCCGUGACGGCCGAGACACUGCAGUACUACCUGUGCAGCGCCCAGCGCCGCCUGCUCAAGGAGCUGCUACCAAAGUACAUCCUGGAUUUCUCCCUCUUUGCCUACCCCCUCCCCAACGUAACCAGCGAGUUCUGCCGGCAGUAAGGACA